AUAUUGCUCUGUGUGUGUGUGUGUGUGUGUGUCAGAAUAGAGCGAUGUUGGCCAUCAGUGGGCCGAGCGCGAGGAGAGAGGAGGAAAAGUGUGUUUACACAGACGGCCGAGCGCCUGGGGAAUAGAGCACGAGAGGAAGUGAGCCGGCUCGCUGUCUGCCUGCACCAACUUCCUGCUCAGAGAGAGCGAGAGAGAGAGAGCGAGAGAGAGAGAGAGAGCGAGAGAGAGAGAGAGAGAGAGAGAGAAAAAAACAGUCGGGAUCCCAUUACAGUCGGACUGUGCUGUCGAGACGGCCGACAGCAUGGAAAAACAGGGCAUUUUACGGAAUUCUUUUUAACAGACUAAAAAGACGAAAAAAAUACACAUCGCCCACGGCAGACAUGGAGAGUGCCAUCACGUUGUGGCAGUUCCUGCUGCAGCUGCUGCUGGACCAGAGCCACAAGCAUUUGAUCUGCUGGACGUCCAACGACGGCGAGUUCAAACUGCUCAAGUCCGAGGAGGUCGCCAAACUUUGGGGCCUGCGCAAAAACAAGACAAACAUGAACUACGACAAACUCAGCCGAGCCCUGCGUUACUACUACGACAAGAACAUUAUAAAAAAGGUGAUUGGUCAGAAGUUUGUUUACAAAUUUGUGUCAUUUCCUGACAUCCUGAAAAUGGAUCCCCAGGCUGUGGAGCUGGGCCGAGAGGGAGGCAGUGUCAUGUUACAAGAGGUGGAGUCUGAUGGUGGAGAUGGGGAGGAGUCUCCAAAACUUACUCUGUCGUCGCUCAGAAGUCCCGCCUGUAGGAAUGAAUAUCUUCAUUCCGGCCUGUACUCAUCUUUUACUGUUAGCUCCCUCCAAGGCCCACCGCCCCUACUGCAUCCCAUAAAGGUGGAGAAACAGAGAGGGGCAGAGCGAGGGGAGGAAGGACCGACUGUGAUUCGAUUUGUUACCAAUCGCUCAGAGAAAGCAGUGCCCCUCUCCUCUUCCCCUGUACCUGCCUCUUCUGAGGUUUUCUUCAGCGCCAAAGCCUCUCCGCAGUCCUCCCGCUCCCCCUCCCCCUCUCGUAGCCCAUCCUAUACACGAAGGCAAGGGCUGAGCCCAGAGGCUCGGAUGGACGAAUCAGAGCAAAAUGCUCAGCCUCUCAAUUUAUCAUCUAGCCACAGGGAGCGUGCCCAGACCCAGGCCCCACCCCAUGAGAGGAGAACCAGUAACAACGGACUUCCUCCAAAGGCUCGAAAGCCAAAAGGUCUGGAAAUCUCGGCCCCUUCCAUACUGCUUUCUGGAAGUGACCUGGGUUCCAUUGCCCUUAACAGCCCUGCACUGCCCUCAGGGUCCCUCACGCCAGCCUUCUUUACUGCACAGACUCCCUCGGGCUUGCUUCUGGCUCCAAGCCCUCUCCUGUCCUCCAUUCAUUUCUGGAGCAGUCUGAGUCCCGUUGCCCCCCUCAGCCCAGCACGGCUACAGGGCCAUGGCUCUCUCUUUCAGUUCCCCACGCUGUUGAACGGACCUCUCCCUGUGCCUCUCCCUAACCUGGACUCUUCCUCUUCCUCUCUCCUCCUUUCUUCCAGUGCUCAGAAAUCCUGAUUCCAAACCACUCACCUGUGAAAUAUGUUCAGACCAACACACACAGAGCCUAACACUCGAUAAAAAAAAUCAGCAGACUCAAGGUUGCACUACACCCCCUUGUGGUUAAACUUACCCCAGAAAUAACCACAACUAACAUUGUAAUGAACGUAGAAUUUUUUUUUUAAAUGAUUAAAACUCAGGCUAAACACCAAAACGCUCACAUGGUAGGAUUUUAUUGUGCCAAAGAAAAAUGUCCAUCCCUGGAAACAAUUAGCUGGGGGGGGGAGGAGAGAGACAGCCAUAGAAUCAAUAGCUUUCUAUAAAGCAGACAUCUUUGAAAAUAUUUUUUUAAAUAACCGUGAGACAAGACACAUGUAGUAGUGCUGGAUCAUGCCCAGUUGAACAUAGCGCACACAUCACCUUACAUCAACACAUUAGUGGCCAUCAAGCUUAGCGCAGUAACGUGGACUCCUCUGUGCGUUCUCCCCCGUGAGAGGUCCAUUGUGGAGAUGACCUCAGAUGUGCUUCUCACACGUCUACCUGAGUCACACCCGUGGUGUUUGCAUCCCAACCUUGUCCUCACUGCUCCAGUCUCGGCUUCGGUGGAGCUCCUGCUGCAGAGCUAAGGGAGGACACUCAUUCCAACUCCAAACAGAGGGAUUCUACUGGCAUUUUAGUUUAGUUUGUUUUGGGUUUGAAAUCUUUUUCUGAGGCUGUGAAUCAGGUUUUCUGUUUGUCUGGUAUUGUAUUGUAUAUUAAUGUAAUGUAUGCACUGUGCUUCAAACUACCGGCUGUGCCUUCUUGUGUAAGAAUGUGUAUAUGUAUUUUCCUGCUUGAAAAAUUCAAACCAAACAAAACAAAUGUUUUUGUAAUAGACGAAAUUCCAUUACCAUAUUGGAAAGAAAAGCUUUGUAAUAGCUUUGUUAUUUUUUUCAUUAAGGAAUUGAAAAACAAUGUAUUCUCAUAUUAAUUUUAUAUUUUUGCUUUCUAAAGAGUCAUGGAAAUGUGCCUCUUAAUUUGUUUGAAAUAAAAGACAAGCAUUGAAUGCUA